AUGUCGGGGAGGAUCACGCCCGUGGUGGAGUGGGUUGCGCUGGGGGCUGAGGGUGUUGACGGUGACGAUGGGGGCAGGGGCAGGGGUGGCGGGGGCUUCCAUUUCCAUGCUGAAGACGCCGACGAUGCUGGGGUUGGCGGGGUCGGCGGGGGCGACGUGGGGCAUGAUGGAGGCCUCGUCGACGUAGAUGGCGUCGGGGAAGGCGGUCUGCUUGGGGAUGCCGUAGGAGAGGAAGGCGACGACGGGGUAGGUGACGGCCAUGCCGAGGUCGCGGUCGGCGGAGGAGACGCCCCAGCUGGGACCGACAAAGGUCUGGUGGGUGGCGUCGCGGACGAUGAUUUGGCAGACGGCGGGGGCGGGCUCGAGCUCGUCCUCGAUUUUGAGGAUGAAGUUGGCGGGGAACUGGAUGUUGUCGAGGCGGGUGACGAAGACUCGGAGUCGGAGUCGGAGCUCGAGUCGGAGUCUGAAUCCGAGUCUUCGUCAUGGUCAGAAUCCGAGUCGGAGGAGUCCGAGUCUGAGGCUUCAUCGUCGUCAGAAUCCGAGUCUGAGGUCGAGGAAGCCGAGGAGUUGGAGUUGGGGUCCGAGUCCGAGUUCUGA